AUGGAGAUCGGAAACUCAUCAGCCUAUCGAAGGAGCUCCUUCCUUGGCCUUCCACUUGAAAUGCGCCAUUGCAUAUACCUUUAUCACCUCAGGACCGUGCUCUCAUUAAGCUCAGAGGCCUUGUAUUUCAGCCAAGAUAGUCGUGAGCUCAGACCAAAACUUACCCCACUCAUUCACGUGAAUACACAAAUUCGUGAUGAAGUCCUCGAGAUGUUGAAAGCAGAUGGCUUGAUCGAGCUUUACAUCACACCCCGCGGAACACGGUUCAGUGGUGUGACGCUGACUACCUUGGUCGCAAACAAUCUGAAGAUUGAAUUCAGCAUGAUCACUACACUUAGGGUAGUCAUAUGGCCUCCUCAUCCCGAUCGACCAGCAGAUAUCGUCGGCAUAUGGAGAGAACUUCGCCAAUUGCGCUCGAAGCUUGUCCAAAGGCCUCCUCUACUGAAAAUUCUCUUCUACUUUCAGAAUAACAAGAUUGCCUCAUGGACGUCAAAUGGCAAAGUACCACGGCUUCUGAAAUCGUUCGAAGACAAUGAUAUCGUAUCAAUUAUGGAGUUGUUGUCCGCUAUUCGAGCCGAUCGACCUAUAUUCAGAAUUUCUUCUCCGUCUACGAUUGAUGCAGAUGAUCGAGAGGAGUUGGAAUACGGCUUAUCGGAUGUAUGUCGUGUCAUGAUUGGUGAGACGCCGUACAGAGAAAUCUAUGAUGAGAAUGACGGUGCCUCGAUUCGGUAUAUGAACGGAUUCGAGGAGGAAUGCGAGCUCCGAUUAGAAAAAGUGCAAGCGGAUAUAUGUAGGGGAAAGUUGGAUAUGAUGACUGAGUAUGGCAAAAACAAAUUGACGUGGAGAGAAUGGAAAGAGUUUAAAGCUAAAUGGACACCAAACUUUGACAAAGUGGGAUAUAAAGGUCUCUGGACGAAAUAUGCAUUCCCUGAACCGACAGGCUGGAUUCCAUGGGAUUUGUAUUCUGCUGAAAUGCCUUUGGAAUAUGAAUGA